UCAAGAUGGCGUCUUUGAAUUUAGAAUUUUCAAUUAUUUGCUAAUAACUUUAUUAAAAAUGUGAAUUCUUCAUGUUAAAAACAUCAAAGAACGAACCAUGUCAUCGAGAAGGAACCAUGACCUAUUUUUCAUUUUAUUUAUAUUUUGUUUCGUUUGUGAAAUUGUACCACAACUGAUUGUAAAUGUCAAAAACCAAGGCGGCGACAUAGUUGUUGAGAGCAUCCAAUCUAAUGUGACGUCUGAUACCAUCACACUUCAGUUCAGGAAUAGCGACGGCUCAUUCAUAACUCAAUUUAUUGAUUUUAAAUCGGAAGCUCAGAUUUUCCGGGCAUACAUCCCAGGAGAAGAGGAAAGAGGUCAGACUCCUGGAUUUGUUCAAGUUAUUUGUUUCAUCACAAGAUUUCCUAAGAAUGAUUUCAUAUCAUCCGAUGCCAUGUCAAAACUUAGACAGAAAAACCCGACAGCUAUCAGAUCACCAGAAGAAGAGAAAUCCCAGGAAAUCCAUGCAUUUGAUCUUUUAGUUGACCUGAAUAAAAGUCAUGUGAUUAGUCCACAUGUAUAUAAUAUAUGUCAGGAAGCAAAAGAAACAACGUAUUUUGAAGAGAAUGAUCUGAAGGCAAUCUCUAGAUCUUUAAGUAAAGAUUAUACGACUCUGAUGUCAGCCAUGAAGAAAUUAACACCAAUAAAAUAUGGCCGCUGUGCUGAGACCAGUGACGUGACUAAACCCUGUAACUGUCGCUAUGACGUCUGUAUUGGUUGGUAUCCAUGCGGAUUAAAAUAUUGUCGGGGUAAAGAUUCUAGUGGCAAGGUUGUUAGUUAUAGAUGUGGUAUUAAAACUUGCAAACGAUGUCUCGCUUUCGAUCAUUUCGUCAAACAAAAAUAUCUUUGUCUAUGGGAUAACUUGUGAAUAAAAUAUUCGUAGCGUAAAAAUAGGAUAUGAAUAUUAAAUUCACAAAUUUUUCAUUUCAAGUUUUAUGACCUUUUCUAUAUAAAGCGAUGGACACACUAGCCGAAUGAUUUGGUCAAAUCAAUUGGCGUCGAAAUUCAUCAAGUGUGUCCACUGUCAUUCGACCAAAUUGAGUGUGUCUGCCUAGUGUGUCUGCUUGUAGAAUUCAUUAGCCAAUCACCAGUCAUAAAGAGGUGUCACAUGAUUGUUUGAAGACAUGGUCGCUGCCAUGUUUAAUCAUGUGACGUGAAAGGUGAUUCAAUUGACUGGUGUAUCAGACAAAGCAUUCGUCUAGUGUGGCCACUCAUUCGUCUGCAAUUCAGCAUCAGUGGAUUCGGCUGAAUCAUUCGGCUGGUCUGUCCACCUUUUAUGUUCUAAUAUUCAUUAGGAGUUCUUUAUAGUGUGAUUGUAAGGAUGUCUACAUGGCUUCCAACGUUAUUAUAAAGUUUCUUGUGUUGGUACAUGUACAUGUAUAUGAUGUUUCUUAGUAUCUCGCUGUAAUGUGUGAAACCUUAAUAUAAUAUUUAAGGUUCUUGCUAUACACUGUGUGUGUGGAACCGUAAUAUAAUAUUUAAGUGUCUUGCUAUACUGUGUGUGUGGUGGAACCUUAAUAUAAUAUUUAAGGUUCUAGCUAUACAGUGUGAGGAACCUUAAAAGAUUGUUAUAGUGAAACACUUAUGGCUGUAUAUUUUACAGUGAUUUGGAUGGAAGUCUAAGAGUAAACCAUUUCAAUUCAAAGCAGCAUUAACUUUUCGCUAAUUGGUAACAAAAUCUUUUUGUUGAUAUAUACACUUGGUAUUUUGAAAUUAAAUUGCAUACAAAAUUUAGGACAAAUUGUUUAAGUCAUGGCUAAGAUGUAUUUUGGAUUGUCCAUCGUAAUUUCCCCUUAUCAGUGGUGUCGGACGGAGGGCCUGACAAGUAACUGCAUCUAGUUAUUCGGAUAGAACAAAAAAAACGAUGUCCCAUGUACAUGUUGCCGUCAUGCACAUUAAUAAAAAACUCUUUUUAAAGUCAGAUUUCAAAGAAAAUCAGGUGGAAAUGCUGCUGUUCAAGCAAAAUUUGCUUCAUUUCCAAUUCAGAUCACUGAUGAACAAAACCGCCAAAUGUUGUUUCGAAUUAAGAUAGGAAAGGUCAUAAUUCAAUUUUAUUUUGUCUACUGCCAUAUUAGGUAAUACCAAAGCUUAUCAUAAAGAAAUCCUGUCAUAUAUUUUCUACUGUUUUGUAUUUCUCGAUGUUUUUUUUUUUUAUCUUAUAAUUAAUCAAAUAUUUAUAAUAACAACACUGAAUGACCCCAACCAUUUAAAGUGGAUGACAAGAUGAGAUUUGGGUGGUUUGUGAUUUAGAUCUUAAAGUCUAAUAUUCGGUCAAGGGCUGUGGUUUUUAUUGUGUACUUGUCGAGGAGUAGGGUGGCUUCUCUAACCUUAUGGGUUUCUCCGGGUCCUGAUUUCCGCUCCCACUGCUAAAGAUCUCUACGUGAAUUGUCUCUACUUCAUAUAAACUGCUGUGACAUUAUAUUUAGUCAUACAGUGGUAUUGGACCUACUUUUGAUAUUUUAUUUGGGUUUUGCGGAGUGGUGUGUUUAUAAGGGUAUUAUCAGAUGAUUUUCUCCCUAUUAACAAUUAAAACUAUGACAUUAUUAUUGAUUUAUAAACCUUGUAUUGAUAUAACUUUCUUAUUUAAACAUUGGUGAAUGUUUGUAUACCUUUAUUGUUUAUUUACAUAUUAUAAUACUAGAUAGGGGUGUUUCGAUAUAAUACCCUGACGAUAUGAUACGUUACGAUAUAAUACCUUGACGAUAUGAUAUGUAUCUAGGGAUGUUACGAUAUAAUACCAUGAUGAUAUGAUACGUAUCUAGGGGUGUUACAUUAUGAUACCUUGACGAUAUGAUAAGAUGUCUAGGGGUGUUACGAUAUAAUACCUUGACGAUAUGAUAUGUCUCUAGGGGUGUUGUAAUAUAAUACUAUGACAAUAUGAUACGUAUCAUGAUGCGAUAACUACCAUGAUCCAUGAUCUGUUUGUAGCUCAUCAUGUUUUUUGGGGAUAUCUAAUUUUUCUCUGCAUAAUCUUGGCUAAAAUCAAUCUGAUUAAACAUACAUUAUGCAAGAGCUAAAUCUGCCAACUGCACGUCUUUCUGUAGGCCUGAAAUGUUAUCUAAAUUAUUAAUUAGACAUUAAUUAACUUAUCCAGACCAUAAUCAAUGCUCGAUGUCAUCGCUAGCCUGCAAUAUUUUCUGGAAUCGAAUCCUAUCUGAUGCUUAACGCUCAUUGAUAAUUAAAUCAAAAAAUGGAUAAUCAAGACUAUGUUUUUUAUCGUACCGACUUUAGUAAAGAUGAUCGAGGCUAGGCCUAAAAUUCAGUCGCUAAAUUCUCGGUUCAGAGUGGAUCAAUUUGACUGAAAUUUUCAGCAAAUUCCCUUUACAUUAUCUAGUUUUUAACUAUUAUAGUGAGAACUGUCAGCUCUUUAUCUAAUCUCCCAUAAUGUAUCUUUAAAACACAGAUCCUAUUUCGUUUGUUUUUAACUAUUAUAGUGAGAACUGUCAGCUCUUUAUCUAAUCUCCCAUAAUGUAUCUUUAAAACACAGAUCCUAUUUCGUUUGUUUUUCCUAUUUAAUUGAUUAUUUAACAUUUAAUUAAGAAAUCAAAAUGAAAAUAACAACACUAGAGAAUCUACCAGCUUGAAAGUAAGUUUUAUGUACCAAAUCUUGAAGGAAAAUAUCUAAACUCAUGAUACACCGGUAUAUCAUCACACCCCUAGAUAACAGAUGUGUAUACAAUGGGGGGUUGGAUCAUUCGAAUGGUUAGCGUGUGCGCGUUGCAUCAUAAGGUCUGUCAGCUGACAUGUUUUCAAUUCCCCGGUUAUACGUGACAAGGAGUAGGGUCGCCUGUCCAACCUCAUGGGUUUUCUCUGGGUCCUCCAGUUUCCUCCCACUGCUGAAGACCCCUAUGCGCAAGCGAAUUAUUGAAAUAAAAUUGAACCAUAUGUUGGUUCCGAAAUGACCUAGUUUGUGUUGAGUGAAUGUAAAACCCCAUUACUCUCUCUCUCUCUCUUUUUGACAUAUUAAGGAAAAUAUCUUAACUCAUAAUACACCCGUAUAUCUCGUAACACCCCUAGAUAAUAUUUAUAUCAUAUUAAGCUUUCAGUAUAUUUAUCUACAUUAUCCAGUGAAUUUAUUGGAGAUAUAUUUUCUAUACAUGGUUGUGUCUACAUUUAAACCUCAUCAGUGACAUUCAAAUAUAUAUUCAUCAGGUGAUAUGACUAUUCAAAUAUAUAUUCAUCAGUGAUAUGACUAUUCGAAUAUAAAUUCAUCAGUGAUAUGACUAUUCGAAUAUAUAUUCAUCAGUGAUAUGACUAUUCGAAUAUAUAUUCAUCAGUGAUAUGACUAUUCGAAUAUAUAUUCAUCAGUGAUAUGACUAUUCGAAUAUAUAUUCAUCAGUGAUAUGACUAUUCGAAUAUAUAUUUAUGCUAAAGGUCAAAAUGACAAGCACCAGUUCAAUUAUUACCCGACAUUUUGUUAGGUACAGCUUGUUAUUAUCAUGCCAUCGGAGCCAUAACAAAAUUUAAUUAUGAUAAAAAGAAAUAAUUUGAUGAUUAUAAACUAAAAGUAUUCUAUUUUUAAGUCAAAUAUUCACUUAUUAGACAUUAGACCUAAUAUUUAAUCCUAUUAUUAAAUUUGAAUAUUAUUCAUAUAAGAGAAUUUAUAUAUACAUAUAGAUAUAUAUUGUGAGACCUACUUCUAUAAGCAAUCCAAUAAUUCUAUUGUGCUUCAUUUAUUCUAAGUUCAAGUUGUAACAUGUGGUUAAAAAUAGGGGAAUUUGAAUUCUUUUUGGUGGACAUCUGAAAGAAGAGGUCGCAAACUAAUAUGGUUAAUCAAAAGUGAUUAGGGCAGAGUAAUUGAGUUAUGCGAGGCAGGUCGAAAAGUCUCCGUCUUAAGGCCUAAUCACACUUCUGCUUCCAUUGUAAUACAUUGUUAUAUAUAUGUAUAUCAAAUAAAUACUCAGUAUCUGUUUUUCUCUGUUUUUAUAUAGUUACCAUAGUUACGACAAUAGUUACCAUAGUUACGACAAUAGUUACGACAAUAGUUAAUUUGUUAUAUUGUAGUAUCUUCAAUAGUUUGUUAUUUGUUAUUUGUUAAUAGUACCAUCUAUACUUGGCUGCAAAUAGCUCUGUCAAAUUAGACUUUAUUUAUGCAUAUUUCUAAAUGCAAAAUGCAACUUACAUUGUACGCCAUUUCCAUCAAAAUUGAGAUAAGUGCAGAGUGAAAUACCUUAAGUCACUAAAACAAUGUUUCCGUUCUCAGUUGACAGUUAUCUGGAGUGUAGAAAUGGUUGAUUCUGUAUAGACACUCGCUUUUAGUAGAAUAGAAAAAUUAGCCAUAUUGAAGUUGGAGGGGAACUAAGAUACAUUAAGUUGAUUUUUGAAAGCUUUAUAAAAUAAAAAUGUGAUGUUACGUGAUAUCUCUGGACCCUUAUUAAAAAAAAAAAAAAAACUAGAUUGAUUUUAGUUUAAGUACGGAUUUUAGUUGAAAUAAGUACCAAUGUUAGUUGUACUAAUGUUAGUUGAACUAAGUACGGGUUUUAGUUGAACUAAGUACUGGGCCCUUAUUCACAAAAACUUAAACUAAGAUACAAUCAAAAUUUUAAGAAAUACUGCAAUUCGAUUGGCUGACCAGUAAAAUCAAUUUGCAUAUAUCCAAUGAAGAUGCAGUAUUUCUUAAAAUUUCUUUUGUAACUUAGUUUAAGUUUUCGUGAAUAAGGGCCCAGAUUUUAGUUUUGUGUUAAAAAAAUUGUUUUAGUUUUCAUGAUUAAGACUCCAGAUUGUAUAAUAAAUAAAACAAAUUAGUUGAGUAAUAUCGGCUCAUCUUUUCUUGUUGUGGUAAUUAAAGAUAUAUCUGUUGUAAAAUUAUUAGCAAAAAAAGCUGGCGUCUUUUUCUAAAAGAUUUUGAGUAAUACACAAUUAUUUUUCUCAGUCUGAAAUAGAAAAGUGAUUAGAUUUUAAAAUUUAAUGAUUUUAAAACAAUAUUUAAUUUGUGCUUCUACUAAUUGAUAUUAUAUAACUUGUGUGAAAUGUGUGUAAAUUAUUCAUGGUGUGGUUUGUUUUAAGAUACUUUUUUAACAAUGACUCUGCAAGUGUGGUUAGUGCUAAAUGAUAAGGCCAGCUCAAUUUUUCGUCAUAGGUCACAAGAUGUAAACAGGGCUAGCACUAAUCCUAACCAUAACCCUAACCCUGGACCUAACUCAAAUGCUUACCCAAACCAUAACCGACAAUCUCGCCAACAAUUACAGUCCUAAACUUAUUUACAUCUCAGCGACCUUGACAAAAAUUGAGCUGGCCUUAACUUUUAGAUUUAACCCUUCGGUUGUUGGGUCGAUGAAAACAUAGUUUCAAAAAAUAAUUUAUGUAUUCUGUAACAGGUUAGGUAGCAUGACUAUAGUUUAUUUUAGAACUAAUUGUAUUUUUUACCGUAUAUGUGAUAUACAAAAUAUAUAUGCUGUUAUUUUUACUAUUCGUGCCAAUAUUCUAUAUAACUCUAUAUUUUAUAAAAUAAAUACACAUUCUACUUUA